AUGUCUCAAACACUUAGGUCGAAAACUUUGGCAGAAGUUGACAUCGAUCAAGUUGCUUGCACCAACCCGUUUGUGAAGCUAGUGAAUGACCAGAGGAUAGUGGAGGUUCCUGAACUGACGCUGGAAUCUGGCAUCACGAUCCGCAAUUUCCCUAUUGCUUACAAAUCCUGGGGGUCGUUGAAUGAGAAGGGGGAUAACUGUCUAGUGAUAUGCCAUGCGCUCACAGGAUCAUCCGACGUGGCGGAUUGGUGGGGCCCAUUACUAGGUAAUGGCCAGGCUUUUGAUACUUCGCGAUUUUUCAUUAUCUGUCUGAACUCUAUGGGCUCUCCGUACGGCUCGUUCUCACCGUUGACUGUUGAUGAGGAGACGGGCAGACCGUAUGGGCCAGAGUUUCCUCUAUGCACAGUACGAGAUGAUGUACGUGCACACAAGAUUGUAUUAGACUCUUUAGGUGUCAAGUCAAUCGCGUGCGUUAUUGGUGGAUCCAUGGGUGGCAUGCUGGUGCUCGAAUGGGCAGCUAUGUUUGAUCGCCAAUACGUAAGAAACAUUGUUGCAUUGGCAACAUCCGCUAGGCACUCAGCCUGGUGCAUAUCAUGGUCUGAAGCUCAGAGACAGACCAUAUAUUCAGAUCCUAAAUACGAGGACGGAUACUAUCUUUUGGAAGAUCCUCCAACUGCAGGGUUAUCGGCGGCUCGUAUGUCAGCGCUUUUAACCUAUCGUUCGAGAAACAGUUUUGAAAAAAAGUUUGCUAGAAGGUCGCCUUCUUUAGAGCAUCAAAGGAAGGUUGCUCAGCAGGAAUUGCCCUUACCAUCAACAGUCAGUGAGCAAUCGUUGCAAAUUCAUAAUGAUGGUCAUAACCAUAAAAGAGAAAACUCGUACCAGAAAUGCAAUAGCGUCGUGUCAUCGAACUCUUCAGAAUCCGUUCGUUCUGUCUCGUCUGUAACGUCGUCAAGUUCAGUAACAGGGUCAACAAAAGAGGUGAAGCCGCCACAGACAUAUUUCUCUGCUCAAAGCUAUCUAAGAUAUCAUGGGACAAAAUUCGUUAACAGAUUUGAUGCUAAUUGUUAUAUUGCAAUUACGCGAAAACUGGAUACGCAUGAUUUAGCUCGUGGCAGAGAAGAGCAUGAGGAAGAUAUCACCCGAGUCUUGCAUUCUAUUGAUCAACCUUCGUUGAUCAUUGGUAUAACAUCAGACGGUCUAUUUACAUAUUCCGAGCAAGAAUUUCUGGCAGAAAAUAUUCCUAAUUCAACGCUGACAGAAAUCCAGUCACCAGAAGGCCACGAUGCUUUCUUAUUGGAGUUCAAAUACAUAAAUGAACUAAUAAUCAAAUUUUUAAAACAAAAUGCUGAGGAGAUCAUGUCAUCUCCUCCCCGUCUUUGGAAGGAAAACGAUUCGAGCGUUGUUAUAACAGACUCAUUAUUUGGCGAGGCUGAAGAGGUAACUAAUUGGUAA